UAUUUCAUAAUUUCAAUGUCGAAAAGAAUGUGGAAAAAUCAACGAAUUUAAAAUUGUUAUUUGUUAUUAACUUACUAGUAAUUUAUAAGCGUUCAUUUAUGUAAUUGAAAAAUUACUUAACUUAACAUUAUUAAUUUUUUCAAGUAGCAUCUGACUUGAAAUUCUCCCAGUUGUUGGAAGCAAUAACUAUAAUGUGGUGUUGGGGUGCUAACUCACAUGGCCAGCUUGGUGUUAAUUUGAUUAGUGAACAAGUGGAAAAACCCAUUAAAGUGUCAACAGAAUGUGACUGUUCUCUGAAACAACUUGCUUGCGGCGGUGGCCAUUCAUUGCUUUUAGAUGCAGAAGGAAAACUGUUUUCCUGUGGAUGGAAUUCUAGGAAACAAUUGGGUUAUGAAAAUGAAUCGCAAAUAUUUCAGAGAGUUUGGUCUUUGAGUGGUAUCAAUUUCACCACAGUGGCAUGCGGUUGGGACUUUAGCUGUGGUGUUACAGAUGAUCACUUUUUAUUUGUGUGGGGUUCUAACAGUCAUGGCCAACUUGGUUUACCAAAAAAUCACUUCCCAGAAGAAGUGAAUCCUACAAGGUUACAUGUCAAUGCAUGCUCUGUAUCUAUGGGGUUAAGGCAUACAGCAAUUAUAAAUUCCAAAGGUGAGGUUUGGGUAACAGGUUGUGGGAGGCACGGCCAACUGGGUUUAGGCCAUGAUGUACUGCAAAGUGAUAGAUUUCAAAAAAUACCCUCGUUAACCAAUAUAUCACACAUAGCAUGCGGACAGAACCAUACAGUGGCUUGGUGUAAUGGUGAGAAAGCACUAUAUGUGUGGGGUGACAACAGACAUCAACAACUGUUACUAAUGUCUGAUAAGUACAAACAUAUUUUCAAGCCAGAGAAAAUUGAUAUAGACGUAAAACAAAAUGUAAAAAAACUAAUCAGCGGUUGGACUCAUUUUCUACUUUGGCUAGAGGAUGGUACUCUGUUGACAUGGGGAAAAAAUAACUGUGGACAACUAGGAAAUAUAAACCAUCACUCUGGCAAGAUAUUUCAUGUGACCUUACCAGACAAUAGGAGAGUUGAAGACAUAGCAAUAGGCUCAGAACACACGCUCUGUUUAGCAGAUGAUAAUACUCUUUGGGCUUGGGGCUGGAAUGAGCAUGCCAAUACUGGUACAGAUAUUAAAGAAAAUUUUGUAUAUCUACCCACUAGGGUAUUACUCGAAAACCCCACCAAUAUUACAAACAUCUUUGCAGGGGGUGCCCAUAAUUUUGUAAUUACAGAUGCAGACAUGAGUAAUGACAACAUCAGUUCUGAAAAUAAAGAGAAAAGUUAAAAUUUCAGAAUAAUGCUAUUAGGAUUUAUCGUUUAUCUACAAUAUUGUCAGUUUGGAUCUUAAAUCUUAAUAUUACCUUGUUAUACAAUGAAAUACAUUUUUCAUGUUAUU